AUGAACGCCUCCCUCCCAUGGGCACAGGCUGGCCUCCGGAAGAAGCCAUUGCCGAAUAGCAUGCCCGCAGCCACGCAGCUUUCCGUCCGCUGCAAUGCCUCCUCGCGGAUGUUCGUGUCGGGCAAGGGCGAGUGGCACGGCCCACGUGAUGCUGCGCUCUUUACUUGUGUCAGUGGUGAGUGGCUCGGAGAGCCUGGGCCGUGGCAAUCUUGGGAGAACUACUCGUGCCUGGAGUGUAUCCAGAUUGGCACGCCGAGCUUGCAGCGGCUCACCAGCGUGUCCAUGCCAGAAGUCUACUACCUGGAGCACCGCAAGGUUCUGACAACCUAUGGCAGAAGUAUGUCAGGCUGCGCCACAGCCAGCGCGUUCACAGCCUCGCCCCUGCACUCGAGCGCAAAUCCUUCGUGGCAGCUAGACAUGAGGGAGAAGCUGGGCUUGACUUCGGCGGCAGCAUCGUCAACAAAAUGGUGGAUCAGCACAACAGACCGUACCCUACGCUACACACCACGAGACUGCGUUUCGUGCACCUCGUGUGUUUGCGGCGCAUCCUUGCAUGAAUUGGGGCCGUGCCGCUGCCAGAGCAUCCAAGCGAAGUGGAUCCUGGAUGAUGAUUUCCGGUUGAAGCAAGGUGCAGACUGUGCUUUCCUCAACAUCGACAAGCUCGACAUAAGUGCUUGUCCUGCAGGCCUGGACAGCAGGUACCUGUGGUAUUUCUCCGGGGGAGACUGCAUCUUCGGCUACGACAUGGUGGACACAUCACGAAAGACAUGGGAGGUCUCCACGGUUUCCAACAGUGGCACGCCCUUGAAGCUUACGCAAAUCAAGUACGUGCAGGAGCGCCUUGCGAAUGUCAUUGAGUACAAGAUUGCAAUGGCUUAUGACGAGCUUUGCUUAAGCUUGGCCCAAGGGGAGGGUCUCUGUGAUGAUGACCGGGCCUGCCGCAACACCCUUAUCUCACGGGACUGCCAGCAGAGCUUCUACAUGGACGGCGACAGGAUUGGGAUGCUGGAAGAUGGCAAGAAUUGGUACCUGAAGGUCAUCAGGUCCCGGAACGACAACGCCAAGUGGCUCUUGGUGGCCGAAGCUUUCAACGAAAGCGAGGAGGAUGAGUUCAGGUUCGGUCGGUCUGACGACGGCUUGCUGUUCACGAGGUCAGAGAAGGUUUCGGAUGACAAGUGUCUGACGGAAAUCUGGCUGCCGACCAGCAGGAGGCUUGAGGAGAGGAGUUACCCCUCAGAUUCGGAUUUCGUCUCCGUAGCCUGCGACAGCUCAAGGAAUGAAAUGAUCAACGCCAACUUUGCCAGGCGUGAGACUGGCAAUCCAAAUACGACGACCUCCGGGACUUGCAUGAGCCUCUCCAGAGGCGGCGUUGUCCUGAUGGACUGCCAUGAGAUUUCUCACGAUGUGAAGGAUUUGCCCGGCCCUGGCAUCAAUAUGACCUGCACCAAAGAGGACGAGGUCCUUCAGUCUUGGCAGGUGGAGCACCAGUGCAGCCGUGGUGUGGUUACGGUGCGCUACACGUGCUGCCGAGCUCCGAUUGAAGCUGGGUCGUGCCGGCGCCAGGACGGCUCCAUCAACAAGCCAUGGCUGGCAAACGCGAAUUGUCAGAUGGGCGUUCUCCGGAGCCAAACCUUGGGAUCAUACUGCUCGGAAUGGGACGCGAAAGGGCCCUUCAGCCAUUAUUUCGAGUGUUGCGACUUCAAGAAAAUCCCUGACGCGAGGAAGUUCCGGCAUGAUGCGGCGGAUGUUACGCUUGAACACUGUGGCGAUUCGCAGUACUUUCCUCAGUUUCAAUCGUGGCACAGCGAACUUGCGCCGCCCAGCAUCUGCAGCGACUGUGCUCAGCUCAGUGGUUGUCACGCGGCUUUAUCCUGUGUACAGGCCCCCCCAAACUUUGACGUGCAUGAUGGCGCCUGCGAAAGCCUGAGUCCCGAAGCUCCACCGGGUGAGUUUGAUCCGAACGCCAAUGAAGCCUGCUCGCAGCACGCCUGGUGCUUGGGUUACUUUCUCCUCAAUGAAGCCAAUGAGUCCGCUGCGGGAAUGCUCUUCAGGACCCCUGUCCUCGGCAACAGGACACGGGCCGGCUACCACUGUUUCGUAAAGAAGGUGUCGACAGAAACGAUGUUUUCCCAGGCUAUUGACUUGAAUCUGGAGGUCCUCCAGAAAUCGCAGAUGAGCCCUAAGCAGCAGCAGGCCUACCAGAGAGUCCUUGCUCCAAAGAUCCAGGAGUCACGCAAGUCCCCGAGGGUGCUCUUUGCGUGUCCCCCCUCGCAAGAACAAGAGACACUCUGCGCUGAGGACGCACCUCUCUCGGUCCAUGCCUUGAAUCACGUGAUUGCGCAGGGAGGCGCGUCCGGCUUGAAGGUUGAAGCCACCUGCCCAGUCCUGGUGACACCAUCAUCCACGAUAGCGAUCGGCAAGGCCAUGCCCACCACUGGGAUGACGGUUCAGGAGAUCUAUAACAUCCUUCAAAGCCAGGCCUACUAUAGCACCUUCUUCGGAAGCCCCCUUCCGCCGCCCUUCAACUCCAGCAGCAACGAAGACGCGGAGCGAGUUGGAUUCCUGAGCCUGCCGCCGACUGGUGUGGGUAUCUGGGGCUUGCGAUGUCCAGACGGAGCU